AUGUCCCUAGCAGAUUUGAAGCUCCACGGCCUCUACGUCGUCCUGCACAUCAGGAAUGAUCCGCCAAUUGCGGACCAUGGACCUACGGCUGGAGUCAUGAAAUCGGUCCUCCUCGUCGGUUUAUUCAGAAUAGCCGAUGUUCCAGCGAGAUGUGAAACCCUCCUGGAUUGGACCCUGGCCCUGCUACGAAAGGGAACCGAUAGGGAGAAGAUCCUCAAGUGUGACGAUCUGGAAGCUCUCGUGACGGAGAUCAAGGCGUGGGGAAACUCCCACGCCAUGAAUGCAGCAGGCAAUCUUCAACCAAGGCCAGUGGCAGCUUCAGCAUUGUGCGAACUGUAA